GGUUUUUUUUUAGAAGAAUUUGGUAAUCGUAGUAAAGUGAGGAUCAGAUGAAAAUUUACAUCAACUAAUUAUUCCUUUUCACGAAGACAAUUUUUGCUAGAGAUGGAGAAUCAAGAUGAAGUUCGUACGCUUCUCCUGUCGUUACUAAUCUCCAGAAAAGAUGCGACAUCUAUAGUUGUUCUUGAGAGGGAUUAUUAUAACAUGGAGAAGAAACGUAUACCAUAUCGUAAAUUUGGUUAUAACAAUUUAGUACAAUUUCUUCAAAGCAUGCCAGAGCAUUUCGUUGUCGAAGAGUCUAACGGUGGUCACUACAUACGCGGGAUAGCAGAUAAAAGUAAGCAUGUGAGUUCAUUGGUGUCACGUCAGAGAAAUUCCUCCAACAAGAACUUAAGAACCAGACAUUCAUCUCGUCAAGCUACUACAUUUAAUCGUCGCACUCAGCAUGCAAGGAUUCCAGUUAGAAUCCCAAAUGGCACAUUAAUUGAUCUUAUUAAUUUUAUCAAAACUCAUCCAAAUGGUAUGAGUUUGCAGAAUGCUUUGCUAUACAUACAGGCGAAAAUGCAGUAUGUUCCUAUCUCUCAUCAAGAUUUGCGGGCGCAACUGCAUGAAGUAACGCAUCAGUUGUGCAUAGAUGGCAACAUGAUAUAUGCGGUCCGGAAUGAUUUGCAAAGUAAUGUAGCCCAGCAGCCAAGUAAUCAACAACCUUUAAUGGAAGAGUCUUCAAUGCAGUUAUGGAACGAAUCUGAAUUACCGGACGAUUCAAUCUCGCCUCCGACACAACAAACUGAAUGUCCUGCCGGAGAGGAGGACUUCGAAUUAGAUUAUUUUGAUGAUGAAGAUGAAGAUUAUUUCGUGUCACCCUGUAGUAAAAACAAUAUUGAUAACUGCCAGAGACGUCCAAAAACAAGCGAGAUGCUUGCAACGAAUCUUGCACAGCAUGCGAAAUCUGAACAAACUGAUAUGUUCAAUUACAGUAAGAGCCCAGAUAAUAAUGAAAGUUUUGAAAGCUUGAUGAUGAAUAGUAACUAUACGGAAAUGAGAGCUACUGAAUAUCCGCAAGACAAAUCCGAGAUAGUAAGCGAUAGAAUAAAGGCUCGAUUGAAGAAGUUACUGCAAAAAUAUCCGGAUGGCAUCUGGUGUGCUGAAUUGCCCGAUAUAUAUCUUAAAGAGUAUAAGGUCCACUUGAAUUAUAGCAACCUGGGCUUCACAAGUGUGCGUGAAUUUACGUCUUACCUACCGAAAAUUUUCUACAUGACGCAAGUUAAUAAGACUGAUGACUUUAAGUUAUAUAGUGCGGAUAAGAGGCCAGUAGUUCCAAAAGCAGAAUCUAUUAAUAAAACAUCGCACAACCACCAAUACGACGAACACAGAACAGCACGAUACAAUAAUUUUGACGAUGACCCAAUCCCAUCAGAAAUUUCGUCUUCCAUUACCAAGAAGUUCGCUCCCGACGGUGUAAUGAAUUAUGGCGAUGAUGUAGGCAAAAUACUAGUAACUGAUUUAAAACGCACCAAAAAAUUCUUAGAGACAUAUGUUGUAGAAGUGUUUCAUCCAAACUUUUUCUGGAUACAACUACGAGAAAACAAAAAACGAUUUAAUAAAAUGAUGGAUGAACUACAAAAUUUCUAUAUACUUAACAAAGAUAAAUAUGUUAUUGCAAAAGUCGCCUUGAAAAAGGACUUGAAUUGUGCAUGCGUUUUCGAUGGUAACUGGCAUCGAGGAAUCAUUAAGAGUGUAAAGCCAGAUUUCAGAGUAACGAUAUUUUUUUAUGAUUUCGGCACUUUGAAGGCAUAUGCAGCUGAAGAUAUAUAUUAUUUGCAUUCAAAGUUUUCCUAUUUGCCCGCCCAAGCAAUACCUUGCGGUUUAUAUAAUGUUAAACCAAAUGUUGGUGAUCGCUGGAAGAGAAGCGUAUAUGAACAAUUCUAUGACAAAGUCAGUGAGACUCUUCUAGCUGCAACUAUAAUUACUGUCGAUCCUCCGAACAAUUCCAUGUUGGUCGUUUUGACCGAUACAAGCGAAGAAGAGGAUGUCUGUAUAAACAAUUGGUUAGUGAAAGAGAAACUAGCGCAAUUUGGUAAAACGGUGCGUAUAAAUGACAUAAAAAAUUUUAUGAUGUUCGAUUUCGACUCUGCUCCGUCUAUAAGAACAAGACGCAAAGACAGUGUAAAUAAACCGCGACACUGUAGAGAUCAAUCGAUAUUGCAUGAUGAAAGAACGCAUGUAUUAUCUAAUGUAAAAAGCGAAGAUAAGAAAACUGAUAAGAAAACUGUCAAGUCCUCUCAUAAGCUUCCGGAUUGUAAAAAAAAGGUCCUAGAGUUAUUCAAUAAAUCUCCGGAUGCUAAGUUUUUGCAUGUUAAAUCUCCAUCCGUUAAAUCUACGUCUAUUAAAUCUCUGGAUGCUAAGUCUCCAGAUACGUCAUUAGAUGCUAACUCUUCAGAUACCAAGUCACUGGAUGCUAAAUUGCAGUCGAGUAAUUCAUCAUAUUCACAAAAUGGCAGAUCGAAGACGCCUAAAGAAUUUAAAGAAGUUAUUUCAAUGUUUAAAAAAUUAGAAAGAUCAAAGCUUAAUGGAAUAUCCAGUUCAAAUUCAAACACUUCCAUAUCUGAGGCAAACACGGAUAACGAAAAUAAUGUAAAACAAAUCGAUUCAAGCAAGAAAAAAGAAUCGCGGUAUAGCAUUGAAGAUUGUUCAAUGAAUUUUAAUUUACGAAAUUCCGAUGAUGAAAAUGAUCAGAACGAUUUUGGAACGUUUAGGAGUUUAUAUGGUGGACAUGGCUUAAUGGAACCUAUCGAUUGGUCAGUAAUAAGGGAGGAGAAUAAUCUUGCUCAUAAAACUGUUACACCAAUGAGAGAGUGUAAGAGCGAUGCAGAAGAUAAAUCAGGAUCGCAUAAUCAGAGAAAUGAAUUACAGAGACAUGAAGUAUCUGGAAAACAGUAUUUUUUAGACUUGACCUCUUUAGAAAAGGAAAAUUUUUUACCUGAAGAUAACAUUGAUUAUGAUGCUGCAUCUGAUUUUUUAGAUAUGCUGAAAGAUAAUACAGUAUCUAAUCAUACUGUUACAGUAAUGUUUACACCAAACGUAAAACUUAAGACAUUGCAUAAUAGUCGAUCUGAAGAUACGAAUCCCAGCAUAAAUAUUAUUGAGCUCAAUGACAUGGCUUCUUCAAAGGAAAUGGAUCAGAAGGUAGACAGAAAUGGCAAAGUAUGCAAUGGUAAAAUAAGAGCUGAUCAGAAAAUAAGGGAUAGAAAUUCCAAUAUAGUUUCAGAAUCAGUUUCCUCACAUACAUCUAAUAAUAAAGAUAAUAUAAAUAAAGAAAUGUCUGAAUGCAGUUCAAAUAAUUUCGUUCAAUCCAAUACAAAUAAUAAAGCGUAUUCUCUUAAGACGUUACUAGAAAAACUAAAGCGUAAGAAGCAGAUGGAUUCGAUGAACUCUAGUUUUCUUAACACAAGCGAAUCUUCCAGCAGCGAACAAAUUCCAUUGUCACCUCAUAGUUGCAAUACAUCCGAUGAUACUAUUAUCUCAUCGCACGACGAACAAGUUAAGGAAUCUGAUGUGAUGGACCCGAAUACUUACACGAUAGUUAAAGAGCCCGCAUCUGAGAAGUUAUCUAAGAAGUUGACAGUUGAAUCACAUAGUGAUUCCGAAGGAACAAGAGAUCUUUCAUCCUUGGAAACAGAUUCUAUUGCUUCUUCUAACGUUGAUGACACAAAGCGUCGGUUGAAUCAGUCUAUGGAAAAUGAUUCUGCUGCUUUUUCUAAUGCUGAAAACUCAAAACAACAUCAGUCCUCCGAUUUUAUCACUCCAUUCUGUAACAUUAAUGGUUCAAACCAUCAAUUGACUACAAUAGAUCAAACAUUGGACGUUUCGAAACUAACGCAACAGAUGUUAAAAAUUGUACAAAAUAUGGAGAAUAAUUCUGAAUUGGAUUCUGACGAUCUAAGCCAAGAAAGCCUCAAAGAUGACAAAAAUGACGAAAGUAAGGGCGAUAUAUCGAAUUACAUGUCUGAAAUGACUGAAUUAAUGAAUAAUGAUGCGAAUAUGAUCGAAAAAGCAUUUACUCUGUCGGACUGCGAUGAAGCAUUUGAUGACAGUGAAUGGGAUGCAGGUGUAGAUCCUAGCUUUCUUUUUUAUCUCGCAAAAGUGUUUAAACAAGGUGAUGCCGUUGACAUGGCGAGCUUAAUGAAAUAUGUGGUAAACAAUAUGAACCAAAAACCGUCGUAUUGCUUUGCGGAGGAGAGCCUGAUGCCCGAGAAUUGCUACAAAGCCACAUCGACAGAGGAAAAAUACGAAGUACCUUUAGUCUCAUCCGGACUGACACAUUACGAUAGUCAAUAUCAACAACAGCUAGUGAGACCACCGCCAGGUUUUCAAUCUCUCGAUGAACAACGUAUUCCGUCUAAUGCCUCGACAAAGAGUUUUCAAAACGGCUAUUCCUUUGCAAACCCAUCAAACGCAUCGAACACGAAGGCGUCAAUCUUUAGCGAUGCACAGGCAACAACGAAUCCAUUUCUAACUGAUGAACAAUUCAUUCCUAGUGAUGUCGAACAGUUAUACAUAACAAUCUGGAAUGAGAAUAAAAAAUUGCAUACUGGGGUGAAUGAAAUUCUUUGUGAAAUGCUAAAAUGUUUAUCACUCUCAUUGAAGGAUCAGAUUCAGUUAAAUAAGAUUUUGAAGAUUGUUAAGAAGAUUUUAUUAGAACAAAAAGAUGAUCGUUCCACUGUCAUGAAAACUCCGACAGCACCUAAUCUUACAAGCAGAACAACAUUGAACGAUGUUGAUUCGGCACAGAAAGUAUCGUAUAAUUUAAACAAUGAAACUGCUGCGAAUCAGGAGCCUAAUGUAAAUAUUUCCUCGAUGUCUAAUCCGUUUGGCAUAAACGUCGAUGAUAGACUACAGAAUAACACUACAUUUCCUUUCGGUUCAGACAGUUUCUCUUUUAAAAUUGGCAACUGGAGUCAAUCUGACGAACUCAGUCCGCAAAUACCUUGCAGUAUGCAAAUACCUCCAUCAACAUCAAGUCCCACACCUUCAAUGUUCACUAAUCAUAUACUACCAACCAAUACUUUUCUUCCAGAAGCCAAUCAGGAUAGCGAAAACGUUCCCUUGACGCCGGUAUCUCCUGCGGUGUCAACGAAUACUAAUUUCUGCAAUAGUUGCUCAGAAGUAAAUAAUAUGAACACCCAGUUUCCCGCUAUGUUCAAAGAUACAAAUCCUUUCAAAUUUUCCAUGACUGAUGUUUCCGGAACACAAGUACCAGAAAUUCAGACUGAGCGAACAGUUAAUAACUACGAUAUAGGUAUCUUGUGUCUCUCGACUAAAAAUUUACAAAGCAAUGUUUUAAAUACAGAAACUGCGGAUAUUCAUGCGAAGAACAAUGGCUUUACGUCUGUCAGCAACCUGGGACAUGUCAAUGAAAGUUACACUCCGAAAAUCGUUUAUGAAUCCGAUCCUGUAAUGUAUAAUACACAGAAGAAGCAAACAGAUGUAAAUGUAAAUACAAAUGUAAGGCAGAAUGCAUGUAGUAGCAAUUUUGAUAAUGUUCAAAACGCUCAAUUUCUUAAAUUAGAACAAAGCAAUAAAAAACUUGCAUCUCAGGUUUCGCAGUCUGCAAAAAAUAUUGCUUCUUUGCAUACACAGCACACUGUAAAUAACAAUAUAAUAAAUAAUAAAAGAGAUAAUUCGCACAGUGACGAGAACUAUGUUACUCGACUAUCGACAUAUUUCAUGCAAGGUUCACAGUCGACAAAUGGCGAAGUGAUUUAUUGCCAUCAAAACAGUAACGCGGACAAUUUGCAAACAGUAUCGCAGUCUUGGAAUCAAUUCGAGAUUCCAGAUUGGACUAAUUCGAAGUACCAAAGCAGCAUUCCUUUAUUGAAUCACAGCGAGAAUACACCGAUUACUUUAGCUCACCAAGAUUGGAACUGUGAUAAUGAUAGAAAAUCAGUAUCUCGAAAGAAUGAAGUAACCAAUUCGAGUAAUAUUUUUAAAGUUAACGACGGUUAUGACAAAGAGGGAUCAAUGGAUAUUUACGCGAAUUCCUGGCACAACAAUGAGAAAGGAUCUGUGCAAAACAGGAAUGUGGCUUUUAACCCUUUUCUAUUUCAGAAAAUUGAUUCAGUUGAAGGCGUAACAUUUAUAUUUCAUUUCGAACAGGACGGUUGGAUAUUGACAAAUGAGUUUGUAGAAGUCUUUACGAGUUUCAAGUUGCUCUCUCAUUUGUUGACCAAGCUAGAGAUGUUGAAUUUAAAAAUGACUUUCAAAGAAAUCCUAAGAUCUCAGUAUCCAUCACAAUUUUUACAACUAGACAGAUAUCCUCUAAAUGUUCCUCGUGAUUCUGAGAAACACAUUCUUUCUAUUCAUUUGAUCUCAUUGCAAACCGCGUUGGCAUUAUUGCAUAAAUUGAAGAUAGUUUCGCGAGAUCAAAUAGACAAUGCUUUUAAGAAGAAUGAGUUUUUGGAUGAUUCUGUUCUACGUAUUUUGUGGGUGAAUAUCAUCAAAAUGAAUGUAAUAUUUUGA